UUCUCUAUCAUUCUCUCUCCCACCAAGGCAAAAUACACCUUCAACAAAGCCUUCCUGGCUUAGAAUAACAACCCCAAAAGAAGCCUGGGUGGCUCACUUGUUUGUAAUCUUCCGCUCCCCUAUCUUAAAGCCUUUUUCAAGAACAUUGGAAGAAUCAUCCAAGAAGACUGAGUCACCAGAGCCCACCCAUUUCCCAAAGUGGGCAGAGAAAGCCUGGAUCUCGGAUUUUUCAGAGAGGGAAAGAACAGGCCCUUCCAAAUGGACAACAACGAUAUGUUCCGACGGGAAUUAGUGGAUGUCCAUGGAGUGCCCCUCUUUUGGACCAUCGCAGAAGAAUGGUCCCAGGUGGAAGGAUUCGAGGCCCGACCGGAUGACCUUCUCAUCUCCACUUAUCCCAAAUCCGGUACCACUUGGGUCAGCGAAAUCUUGGAUCUGAUUUAUAACAACGGGGAUGCAGAGAAAUGCAAACGGGAUGCCAUAUUCAAUCGUGUGCCUUUCAUGGAACUGAUAAUGCCCGGAUACACAAAUGGCAUCAAGCAGCUGGAGGCCAUGAAGUCCCCGCGACUAGUGAAGACCCACCUGCCGGUGGAGCUCCUUCCGGCGUCUCUGUGGAAGAAGGACUGUAAGAUGAUCUAUGUGGCACGCAAUGCUAAGGACGUAGCUGUCUCCUACUAUUAUUUCUACAAGAUGGCCAAGAUGCACCCAGAACCUGGGACCUGGGAAGAAUUUCUGGAGAAGUUCAUGGCUGGAAAGGUGUCUUUUGGUUCCUGGUAUGAGCACGUGAAGGGCUGGUGGGAGAAGAAGAAGGACUACCGUAUCCUCUAUCUCUUCUAUGAAGAUAUGAAGGAGGACCCAAAACGUGAACUACUAAAAAUACUGAAAUUCCUGGAAAAGGACUUGCCGGAAGAGAUCAUGAAUAAAAUCCUCUAUCACACCUCCUUCAAGAUCAUGAAACAAAACCCAGCAGCCAAUUAUACCAUGAUGACAGAAAAAGAAAUGGACCACAAUGUGUCUCCCUUUAUGAGAAAGGGCAUUUCGGGUGACUGGAAGAAUCAGUUCACGGUGGCCCAGAAUGAAAGAUUCGAGAAACAUUAUGCACAGCAAAUGGAAGGAACCACGCUGACGUUCCGAACGGAGAUCUGAGCAACGCGUCCCUUCCCUCUGCUCGGCUGGCACGCUUUGCAGGGGAAACUUAGUGAAAGCUCCUGUAGGCUACAAGAGGCUGUAGUCGCCUCGCUUAAUCCUUACCGAUAUCCACAAAUCUGCACGGGACGCUGGGAGCAGUCCUGGGCCCCGACAUGCAGCCACAAGGUUGCACCCGAUUUCCUUGUCUCAAAGAAUCAAAUCAUUAAAUGAGUCAUAAGAAUUUAAA